GUAGUAGUAGUAGUAGUAGUAGUAGUAGUAAGUUUCCUGCAUGCAUCAUUUCUAAUAAGUAUUUGUAAACUUGCAGCUGUAGUUCAGGUGUAAAGAUUAUAAAGAAGCUUAUGGUUCUUCAUACCAUAAAGAGGCAGUAGAAAACCUAAGAAUUGGUAUUGGAAAGAAAUGAAGAAUUUAAUUAGUAGUUUUAAUGGGCAGUUUUCUGAGUUAAUGACAUCUGUUGUUUUAUAUGACAAAUAAUUUUAUUUAUCUGUGGUAACAAUAUUUGACUUAGCAAGACAAGUAUAUAUAUGAAGAAAGCAGUCUUCUGGGAUGUGGCGCUGUGUAGAUAUUGUGUUGACCGACGUUUUGGAGUAACGUAUCGCCUCCAUCUUCAGGGUAGAAGAAGAAAGAGAAGAAACUCUACGAACAUGUGCUCGCAUGGUAAUGUCUAGUUGAACUGUAUAAGAGCAGGAAGAAAGGGGGUUAUAUAUGGAGGACUUCGAGGAGAGGGCACUUGACUUGGCCCCACACAAGCCCCGCUGCUGGUUUCGCUACGUGUACGACACCUUCGUCAUCUGGCCACAUGGGCCCAACAAGCUUAAGGACUUCCUGAACCACCUAAUUAGUAUCUGCCAGUACAUUCGGUUCACAAUGGAAAAUGAAAUUGAGGGCCACCUCCCCUUCCUGGAUAUAGAUAUUUACAGGAGACCCGACGGUUCUCUGAGCCAUAGAGUGUACCGCAAAUCCACCCAUACAAACUGCUACCUCAUUGCUGUGUCCCACCACCACCCUUCCAACAAGCAAGCUGUAUUUUCCGCAUUGGUGCACAGGGCUAGAGCUCUAUCCAAUCACAAGAGCCUACAUGCGGAGUCGGUGCUCCUGGGUGAUAUUUUCAGGCAGAAUGGUCACAACACCCAGCAGAUUUACAGAGUUCUCAGUUGUCAUCCGAGCAUCAGUUGGCCCGACAAUGAACCAUUCUCAGUUGCCUUCCUGCCUUAUGUCGGGACUAUAUUCAACCAAAUCAGCAGAGUGCUGUCCUGGCACAUCAGAUCAGUGGGCCUCCCUCCAACGAAAGUAUCCAGUUUCCUCCGGCCGGUCAAAGAGAGCCUGGGACUGAGGACACCGGGUGUAUACAGAAUCCCCUGCAAGUGCGGCAAGGUCUAUAUUGGGCAGACGGGCUGUUCCAUAGACACAAGGUUGAAGGACCAUCAGUGGCACAUCCGUCUCGAAGAUCCGGAUAAGUCAGCUGUGGCUGGACACAGCAUCAAUAUGGGACACCACAUUCAGUUUCAGAAUACUUCCAUCCUCGCCACCAAGAUCCGAUAUAUGGGCCGCUUCAUUAGGGAGACCAUUGAGAUUGAACUCCAUCCCGACAGUAUGAACAGAGAGGGGUGGUUUUGUCUCAGCAAGUCAUGGAAGCCUCUCAUCUCUUCCCUCAAGAAUCCUCCCGGACAUGACGCCAGGUCUACAAGGCCACGCAGGUCCAUUCCUGAUUCACAUGGCAGCCCCUAAACUUCGUUCAUGCUCUCCUAUUAACCUUGUCUUUCUCACCCCGACACAAUUUCUAUACCUGCUCGGGCCUGCUACCUGCUGGCCCACCUCCCCAGACCCUUCCCAUCUCCUCUCUACUGAUAUCCCAUGUAGUCCCUCUCCCCCCUUCUCUUCCUGCUCUUAUACAGUUUGACUCAACAUUACUCUGUGAGCACUGCUCGCUCUGGUUCCUCGCUCGCACAAUUUCUUCUCUUUUUUCAUCUACCCUUAAGAUGGAGGCGAUAUGUUCCUCUGAAA